AAUCUCUAAAAUGCCAUUCUUUUAUUACAACAAAAUUGAAUGAUAUCUUAAAAGGUCCCCUUGAUCAUACUCAUGAGGGUAACAUUUCAAAAUCUUAUGCUCGAAAAGCAAUAUCAGAAAUGAAAUCCAAAUUAAGUGAAUAUUCUAGUCCUUCUUUGGUCCAUGCAACAACAUUGUUAAAUUAUGAUAAUAAUACUUUGAUGGUUAUGCCAAAUAAGUCUGCCCUUUAUCGAUCCUUACAAAGGCAUAAAAAAUCGAUCUCUACCAUUAUAUUGCCUCCUAUCCCUAAGGAUCUCACUUUCUUAUAUCCGGAAUGUUACAGGGAUAUGCUCAAAUACGAUUCUGGGCCAGAUGAUAAUUUAAGAUUUAUAAUGUUGAGCACGGACGAACUACUCGAAGGAUUAUCAAGAUCGGAUAUAUGGAUAUGUGAUGGUACCUUUAAAAUUGUACCUGAAAUAUUCUUCCAACUUUAUACCAUCCACUUUCAAAUUGCACCGGGCGCGAAUUUGAUGGUAUAUAUUGCUUAUUACCAAAUAAAACGGCGCAUACAUAUGCAAGGAUGAUAAAAGAGCUGAAACAAUUACUACCAGGGGCGCAUCCGAGGAAAAUAUUGGUGGAUUUCGAACAGGCACCGAUAAAUGCGUUUAGAGCUGAGUAUCCACUAGCAGAUAUCCUUGGAUGUUAUUUUCAUCUAAAACAGAGCGUUAAUAGAAAAAUAAACGAUUUGGGAUUAAAAGAGAUGUAUGAGUCGAAUGAUGACUUUCGAUUGUAUAGUAGGUGUUUAUCGGCUCUUGCAUAUGUCCCAGAGGAUGAUGUUGGAAACUCAUUUGAUACUUUGGCAGAAAUAUUUGGUGAAUUGAAUGGCUCAUCUGAGCUAAUUUCCUACUUUGAGAAGACCUAUAUCCGAGGACGUAGAAAUCCCAGGCAACGAAAUAACUUUGCAGCGCCUUUAUAUAAUGUAAGACUAUGGAAUAAACACAAUUCCACGUUAGAAGGUGUCGCCCGAACAACAAAUUGUGUUGAAGGGUGGCACUAUGGAAUUCAAUCCCUACACCAAUGUUCUCAUCCAACACUAUGGAAAUUUUUAGAUGGGAUACAAAAAGAUAUGCAGAAACAUAAAGCUCUAUAUCUUCAAGUCGUGAUGUCAAAAGCUAUUGCCCAUAUUUCGUGCAAUUAAAUAUAUUAUAAAUAAUUUAUAUUUUUUAC